AUGAUGAGUUUGGAGGCUGAUCCUAAAACAACGCCCAUAUCACACUGUGUUUUUCUCACUGGUGUGACCGGAUUCGUCGGCGGCACUAUCCUCUCUUGUCUCUCAAAGGCACAUCCUAGUGUUCACGUCAAAGCUUUGAUCCGUGAGGAAAGGGAUGCUAAAGAACUCCAAUCGGUCUAUCCAAAUCUCACCCCCAUCAUCGGCGAACUUUCCUCGCUUUCUCUCCUCACAUCUACGGCAGCGGAGGCCGACUUCGUCAUCCAUGCUGGAGGCGACAAUGUCCCCGCCGUUUGCGCGAUGAUAGAUGGGUUGGCAUCCCGUACCACCACUGGAUCGCCCAUGCCACGGCUCAUCAGCCUAACCGGCCCGCGUAGUCUUAUCGACCUCUCGAAUCCCAUCACUGGGAAUCUUAGGGCGAGCAGCCGUCCCUGGAGCGAUAUCACGGACGCGCACACAAUACUGAACGUUCCUGAGGAUCGGAUGCACGCUGGUGCUGAUCAAGCCAUCGUCGCCCACAGUACUGCUGAAGGGGUGGGCACAAUGCUGGUCUCGCCUGGUCAAUUGUGGGGCCGGGGCAAGGGUCAUCUGAAGAAGGAGAGCAAUGCGGCGUUUUAUUAUGCAGCGGUUAAGAGCCGUGGACGGGCCUUUGUAAUCGGCGAGGGUACCGCAACAUGGUCGUGGACUUCCAUUGGUGAUUUGGGAGAUGCGGUCGUGUUCCUGAUGGAACAGGCACUGAAGAGUGGGAGCGAGGGACGCGGACAAGUAGGAGUAAAUCGAGACGGCUACUACUUUGUGCGUACCGGAGACCUGAGUAUGAUGGAAAGGGCCAAAGCUGUCAGUGAACGCUUAGGUCUUGGAGAAGUAGAAAGCGUGUCGGUUGAUGCCGCAAGAGAAAUUCAUCCGUUUGGCCCCAUCAUGUGGGGUUGUGGUGAAAGAACGAGAUCUGAAAAGCUGCUCGAGCUGGGUUGGAGGCCGAAAGAGACCGAUUGGAAGGCUUUGAUGGAAGAGGGAGAUGGAGAGAGGGCAUAA